AUGGAGCUUCCCCAAGACGCUCACGGGGUUUCCACCUCGGCUUCUCACCGUAGUGCGUCACUCCGUAUCCCAUCCAAAACCCCUUUACUUCAGAGGAGCGCCAAUACCAUCAUAGAUGCCAUCCCCAGCAGAGGGUCGAUGUUUUCUAACCGCCAACCCCAGGAGCAAGGCAAGCUGAUGCUACCCAAGAGCAAGGAGAAGGAUAAAGGGGGCACCAAGCACCGGCUUCUGAAAGUCUAUGACCAAAUCCCUUACUCUUCUUUCCGUGUAGAAGAGCUGGCCUGCAAGAACAGGCUUGCAAUGGUGACAGUGAUCACUGUGUUGGAAUUUGGUUUGUAUUUUUCCACUUAUAGGAAAUUUGAAGUUUGUGAUAUACUGAAAAACACUUUUAAACGAGAGGAGAAAAAAGAAAAGGAAGCAACACUUGAGAUGCCAACUUUGGUGCCUUUUGGUGAUGUGGUUGGCUGCCUGGCUAUUCAUAUAAAGAACUGCAGACAUUUUACACCUAAGAUCAUUUUAACACCGCGUUGCACUAAUUUGUUCAUUCGCAUCACUAUCAACAAUGUUGUGAAAUGUACAAAAAUUUGUACCUUGCUAUUCAAAAGCACUGAAAAGAGCAUAGCCAAGUUUGAUGAAGUGAAGUAUUUUUCUGUGCAGAUUCCCCGACGUCAAGAUGAUGACCGGAAUAAUAUUUACGUGGAACUAAUGAAACAUGAAGAUUCAGAAAAUUAUCCUAUUUUGUUAGGGAGUGUUCAGGUGCAUCUUUAUGAAGUAAUUCAGAAAGGAUGCUUUACUGAAGAAUUUCGGAUUUUGAAUAAAAACAUAUUUAUCUGCAGGUUGGAGAUCGAAUUUAUGUUCUCCUAUGGAAACUUUGGUUUUGGAUUUUCACAUCAGUUAAAACCUCUUCAGAAAAUUAUUGAGCCAUCCAUGUUUAUGAAUGUUGCACCACCUCCAGAAAGAGCAGACCCUGUGUCAAAUGUUAUUUUACCACAGCCAUUAGAAUAUCCAGCAUUCUUAUCCCCAGACCUGAAUGUUACUGUUGGAAAGUCAAGUAAAUAUACCCAGCCAUCUGUUAUACGACUUGAAAAACUUCAGCAACCACCCCGAGAAAGGUUGGAAAAAAUGAAAAAAGAAUAUAGAAAUUUGAAUACAUGGAUAGAAAAAUCUAGUUAUUUAGAAAACAUUCUUAGCCCAGUAUUGGAAUACAGCACCCCUACGCUCUUCUACUUUGUCUAUGUAUGCUUUCAUGGCAUCUUUGUUGGGGGUUCCUUUCACGUCAUUCCAGGCAUCCCACUUGGCCUUUCUUUUGAAGCCCAACAUCUCAGGCCAUUCUGUGUUUAUGUCGCCCAUGGUUGCUUGUUUAUAGUGGCUGUAGAUGAACAACAGCCCAUCAUCAGCUGGUAUGGUCUUGAGGUUCCUAACCUCUUCGACAGCUUUGUCAAACUCAGCCUGAGACAUUCCGGCAGGGUGGCAAGGAUUCCAGAAAGCCCUCGGAGUGAGAAGAGAAGAGGCAGCUCAAAGUUUCAAAGUCGGGACUGGCAGCUGGUUUACCAGUGCAACCCAGCACUUUCUAACUCUGCUUGGAGAAAUAAUAUCAGUGAGGUAUUUGGAAACCUGAGUAAUGAUCAUUUGGAAGAGAAGAGUGAUAUACAAAGCCUCGAUAGAUAUACUUCUCUUACAAGCAAUAAAGUUGACAGCAUUCCAAAUAAGCUACUAGAUGAUAAGUCUUUGCCAACUUUCAAUCUAUCAGAAGACCAUUCAGAUGCCAUGCCUCCCAAAAGUGAUGAAUCUGAAAAGCAAACAAGUCAUCCAUUGUCUACUAUUCCAACAAUACAAGAGAACAAAAUACCACCUUCUGAUGACUACCAGUUUUCUCCAUCACAAGAAACAUUGAAUUAUAGAUAUCCAAGUCCUAUUAAAAUAGAAUCACCUCCAGCAGAGGUGUUAUUUUUACCAGAAGAGAGUCCAUCACCAUUACCAUCUCACAAACCAAAACAUACAGAAAAAAAUGAACCGUAUCCGUUCAAGACCUUGAACAUCCAGGACAAUUUUGAUGCUUUUCUACAAAAUAUAAACCACAAAAUGUCAAUUAGAAAAAAGAAAGAUGAAGAUAUGUCCAAAUGUAGAAACAUUUCCAAUGCAGAGGUUAUAGAGCAUGAAGACCAAGAUCCUCCUUACCCUGCACAUUCAAAAGCUGCAGGACCUUCUAAUAAAAUCUGGGCUCAUGAUCCUGACGUUGUUACAAUAAAACCUUUACAUACUAAGUUAAAAGAAAGACUACCAAAUGUAUCUUUACCAAGUUCUGAAGAAGAAUCAUCAACAUCUGUAAAUGUGACUACAAGUCACCUCUCAAAGCCACUUACCUCCCAUACUGAAAAUCAAAAACAACCCAUGGUGCUUAAGUCAAUUUUAAAUAAAAACCUGAAAGAUCUCCUAGAACAGUUAUUUUCUAAUCUAGAAGUUCCUCUGGACAUUCAAUCAAGCAAGAAAAGCUAUAGAUCUCCAUUCCUAAGUGUUCAUAAUAAAUUAUUAAGUAGUUUGGAAGACGAAAUAUUUGAAAAUUUUCAAGACUUAGAAAGCUGGCUUCUAGAAAAAGAUGUUUUAAAUUCAAAGUCUAGUUUAUGUCAAAUAACUAAAGUCAUGUCUUUGGAUUCACUUUCAGAAGGUGGAUCAGGAAAAUCAAUAGCGGUAGAAACGGAACAUAGUUCUGUGAAAGAUUUAGUGGCUGCAAAUGUAGAUACAACCGUACAGGACUGUGUUAUAAAGCAACUAUUCACCGCAAAGAUCUUGCCAGAGUUGGAGAAAGAAGUUAAAGAGCACAGUGGGAAAAAACUGAAUAAUCAGGAUCAAUUACCCACAACUUUGGAGAGAAUCUUAUCUUCGAAUAGUGGGGAUCAUUGUGAAAAAAAAGAUGAUGAAAAAGAAUUGUCACAGUCCAAAUCUGCUAUCAACCAGAUAAUGCAAGCAUUUCCUGAAGAUACUCUUUUAGAAUAUGGGCUAAACAAAGUGAUAGAUAAGGAACACCAGGUGAGUUCUUCAGUGGGUUCAGAGAAAGGCACUCCUGAAGAAAAGUCAAAUUAUUCCACAGAGGAAUAUUCCAAAAUCAAAAGAAAAACCAAACCUCUUUCAGACCACACUCCCAAACACACCACUUGUGUUCUCAAUACAGUUCGUUUUCUAGAAGAAGAUCAAAACUUACCCCCAAAAGAUUCAAAAUAUCAUUCAAUACCAGAUAUAGAAACAGAGUUGCCAUUGAAUGGUCAGGGGUUUUAUAAAGAAGAAAAUGAUCUUAAAACUACUUUGGAAAAUUUAAGCAACUCAUUAAUGGAUAAGCUCAAUGAAUCAGGUACAAUAAUACUAAAAUCCUUUUUUAAACACAUUUUAGAUGUUUUUUUCAAAUACAAUCAAUCUAAAGGAAAGGGACAACCAGAAAGAGAUUUACAAAGACUAAUGCAAUAUUCUUUCACAAAUGAUACAGAAGACCUUGAAGAAAUCAGAGAGAAUUUUGACCAAGCAGACAAAUUAGACAGAAAACCUAUUUUGAAUCCAAAGCUUUGCGUAUUUCUAGAGGAACUCUCAGAUUCAGAAAUAAAAGAUUUUAAGUCUGAACUAAGUAAACAUAUCCAACACUACCUUGUAGAAAGACUUUCAGAAUUGGGACACAUCACCAAGAAGGACUUACCAAAAAUCUAUCAAAAUCUGUAUUUGAUGAAUGAGAAUUCAGAACCAGGAAGGCAAAACAUGUUUCCGGGGAAAUAUUCAGAAGCUGUGAAUGAAAUCAUGUCUUUUUUAAAUAACUUUCAUCAUCAUUUCAUAGAUAAACAUUUAGAAAUAAAACUAAAGUCAUUUUUAAGUGAAAUUCUCAAAAACUACUUCCGAGAAAACCUUUCGGGACACAAGUUAUUUAAAGACACAGAGUCUAGGAGUAUGCACUUAAACACUUCUAACCUAAGUACUGAAAGUGCCUCAAUUUCUGUACAUGACUCUGGACAAGAUAUUUCAGGAGAUGGUUUUGGCAGAAGGUUUAAAGUAAACACGAUAUAUCCUUUGAAUAAAUCCCUACAAAAUUAUCUUAGAGCUUCAUCAGAAAAUGAACUAUUAAAUAUAAAACUUGGUUUAAGAAAACACCUCCAAAGCCUUUUUUUAGAAAAACUUUCAAAAUCUGGACUCAUCACAAAGAGGCAAUUGGAGGACAUCAGCCAGCAAAUAAAUUUGAUCAAUUCCAGUUCCAGACCGUUAAAAUGUAUACAGACAGAUUUAUGUUUUAGAGAUGAAAAUAACUUUAUGGAGGAGCACUUAGAGAAGCAAAAUAAAUAUUUAAAAAUUGCUCAAAAAACCACUUUACACAAGAGACCUGAGGAUAGACUUGUAGAAACAGAACUGAUCAGAAAAGAAGAAAAAGAGUAUUUUCCUUUGCACAAUACUAAAGAAAAUGUAUCAAAAAUUAUGGAACAGAAAAGAUACUGCUGCAAAGAAGGAGCGACUAGAGCAAGUUUUAUAAAAGUGCAACCUUGUUCUAACAAAAACACCCAGAUAGUUCCAUUAAAUAAGUCUUCAGAAAAACUUACUGAUACAAUGUUUAAGCAUCAAAGGAAAGAACAUGAGUUCAUUCAGCUUCCUGGAGCAGAAAAUUCUGUUUUUAAAAUAGAGUCUCAAGACCCAUAUAGUUGGGAUAAUAAAAUAAUUCAAUCAAACACUUUCUUUGAAAGGACACUGAAAAUGAAUUCCAUUGAAAAAAAGGAUCAUAUGAACAUAUAUAAACUGACUGUACAGGGAAAACCUGAAGCAGGAAUGUCACGGUAUCCAAGAAUUCCUCGUUACAAUACGCUAGCUGAAGAUGAAGAGCCCUUAAACAGAGUCACUUUUCCCUCAUGGCAGAGCCACCCUUUAAGUCAUUUCACCACAGAGGUUGGGGGGACAUCAAAAUUAGAAGACCAGUAUUGUCAGAGAUGGAAAGGAAGUAAUAACAACAAUAAAAAACAACAUUCAGUAACAUUUGCAGAAUACAAGCGAGAGAUGCCAAUUCAUUUUAAAACACCUACUGGAAAAUAUGUCACUGGCCCUGAAUCACAAUCUUUUAAGUAUAAGGUUUUAGAAGUUGAGAAAAGCUCAAAGCCAUCCCUAUUCCCAGAAGUAUUAAAAAGAGAAAGUGCAAAGCCCAUGGUCCGAAAAGAAAGAAAUAAUGCCGACCAACAAAAAAAGUCAUUAAACAAAAUAGUUAAGAUGCUACCAACCACACUGCCCCCAACAAGAAUUCAUCUAAAGAAAUCUAUUCCAAGGACAUUGCUUCAUUGGACUGCAAGAACAACUAUACAUGAUUGUUCGGAUAAAUUUGAGGAUUUACCUGUGACCUCGUAUAAACACUUUGAAAAAAUAAAACCAAGAGCAAGACUUUUAGGAAAGAACCCAGAUGAUAGCCAAAAUCAGUCAAGAUACUCUGCAAGACCGUACACUGCUCCAGACACUAACAAGCGACGACGCAAAGGUCACAGUGGAAGGUGCCGAAGUCCUCGGCUGGUUUCAGCAGGCUUAGUUCAUAUAAAUGAUACAAUCUCAAAUUAUGAAAUGCAUAAAAUACAGCAAAAAAAGCAAUUAAAAGAGAAUCUUGAAGAGUGUUCACUCAUUUGUGAUACUAUACAAAUGUUAGACACUUCAGAAUGA